AUGAUCAUUGAACUUAUUAGGAUCCCUAAUGUUGUUGAAAACUUUAAUAUUAUUAAUGUCAAUGGAUUACUAAGGCCUACUCCGGCAGAAAUUACAUAUCUUUCUCAAGAAGGUGUUGCACAGGCUAAUGUAUUAUCUGCACGUUUUCUCCAAACAAAUAAUGGUUCAAUAGCAGCUUCCAUUAUUUCAAAUUUACCAGAAGCUUUAAUUAGUAAUACGGAUGAUGUCGAAAUUUUUUCAUAUAUGAGAGACUCAAAUGAUGAGGGAAACUACGAAAAUUUUUACAAAAAUUUAAACAAUGUUUCAAUAUAUCUGACUAAAAACCCAGCUACGGGUCAUCCAUACAUGCAAGUUGAUAGGAUGGCUGCAUAUUUGUUGGAACUGCCUAAUGGCGAUUUAUUAACAAUGGAUAAUAGUGGUAAGAAUACUUAUUAUUUUGCACUGUAUCGAUUUGUACGGAACAUUAAUUGUUUUAUAGGCAUCGUAAGAAUAUGGCAAGUUGAUGCGGGUGAAUUAAUAAAAGCAGUUAAUGCAUGGAAAAAGUUGGUUGGCAAUCUUGAUCAACGUGCUUUGUCUAUUAUAUAUGAUGAUCCUGAGGUUUGUAUUAAUAGAGUAGUGCUCCUAGAAGGCGGUAAUGGCAAUGACGAAGGUGUUGGGGGAAGUGGUGGUGAUCCAAUGAAUUCUGAAGGAAGGCAGCAAACCUUUGUAGAUGUUGAAAAUUUGGAACUUGUGAAAGAUUUUGAGUUGUAUCGUUCAUAUAAAGCCAAUGUUCAACGUGAAAUUCGAGAACUCCAUGUAAUAUUGGAAAGUAUUGAAGCUAAGGAGAAAGAACGUGUAUGGUUAAAAAAUCAGAGUUCCGGAGAUCGCCGUGGUGAAAAUGAACCCGAAAGUGGAUUCUACCAAGCUCAUCCUAAAAAGAUAUAUUUCGUUUUCGAUUUAAUUUUACAUGCUAUUAAAGAUAUUACAAAAGAAGCAGCAGAUGACUAUUUUGUUAUUGUACUUUCUGAUGCUAAUAUUCAACAAUAUAAAAUUAACCCAGAAGAUAUUGCGAAAG